AUGCAGUUGCUGAGCUCAGAGGAAGAAGGAUGGAGGCUUUUCCGGGCAUUUGUAGAAGCCAUAGGCACCCAUCUUCCAGCAACUUUCAAAGAGUGGGAGCCGGAAGCGGCUGAGUUGCUGGCGGGGGCGCAGGCUGGCUGGCGGUCCUCGUCUCGCUGGGGUGCGCCUCGCCGGGUCGAGGUGUUCGCUCUUAGACAGGCUUUGGCUGAAGUUCGUGGCGAGCCGUUUCCUGCCACAUACGACGAAUGGCUGCGCACGCCCAGCUCUAGACUGCGCAAUGGCCAGACCAACUCUUGGAAGCUGUGGAGGCGGCGUCAUCCAGGACCCCUGGCAGAAGUGCUGAAGGAUCGAGAAGGCUGGGAGCUGUAUGUGAAGAAGCUACAGUCGUCAGGUUCCCAGGUGCCGGAGUCGUAUGAAGAGUGGAUGGAUUCGCCACAGCGGAGGCGCCAGGAAGCGACGAUGAACUGGGCUUUGUGGCGCAGGAAAAACAGAGGACCGAUGCUGGAAGUGCUGCAGGAUCCGGAAGGGUGGAAGCUUUAUAGCGCAAUGAAACAGGCAAUUAGCGGCACCCCGUGCGAGCAGUUCGAAGAUUGGCAGAAUUCAGUGGGUAGUGACCCCUUGGGCUGGCGACUCUACCGUGCUGCAUUCGCUGGUCAGAAAGCUCUUCCCGAAACAUACGCAGAGUACAUUGAAGGCCGACAGCCCACCAUCGCGUGGCUGGCAUGGCGCCGUCAGCAUCCGGGCCCGCUGGUUUCCGUAUUGGCCGAUGACGGCGGCUGGGCUCUGUACAGGGACCACAUGCUGGCUACAGGCAAAACUAUUCCUCAGGACUUCGAGGAGUGGGCUGAAACCCAUCGCGCCGCAACCACUAAUGGUAACUCCAGACGCGGGAAACGUACAGUAUCUCCUCGUGAGGAGGCCAUGGGAGCGCAGCAAGUUAUUGUGCAGUGA